AUGAGCGGCGGCAAUGAGACCAAGAGAAACUUUCUGGUUCUCCAACAGACAUUUCUACCGUCUCUGAUCGGACUAACAAUUUUCAUCGUGAAUUUAUCAGCUAUAUUUAUUCUAGUCAAGAGCAAAACCAUGAACCAACAUAUCCGGUUAAUGUCUGUGAAUCUGGCUUUCACGGACAUGAUGACGGGUGUCGCCAUUUUGGUGGACUCGUUUCUACCGCUAAUGUUAGAAGAGGGUUUGUGCCGGUUUCUGCUAUAUUUGUACUGCAUCGGAGUGACUGUUUCUUUCUUGACGAUUACUGGAAUGCUUCUUGACCGCUUUCUGGCAUUGUUUUAUCCAUUUCGUUACCACACUGUGAUAGAAAAAGACAGGCGUCCAAGCAUUAUAUUUGGACUUUGGAUGACCGGUCUGCUGUUAACUGUGGUGAAUUUCAACGAUGGAUUCCAAGCUUACGAAUUCCAGCAAUUCGUCGCCUGUGCUUCAUAUAUCACGGUGGGCAGAACUGGGUUGACCAUCGUCACUGUUGUCUUUUGCUUUCUGAUUGCGCUGGACAUGGUCCUAUACGGCUUAAUGCUCAUCAAAAUACACAAAAUAUCUAACUCAAUCGCGUGUUUGGAAACGUUGACGAGAGAAAAGCAAUUCAGAAGUCAUGCAAGGAUUCUGAUCAAGUUGUCGACCAUUCUUGGAUGUUUCACGUUUCUGUACACGCCUAUGAUCGUCCUGAACAUCAUCGACGUCAGCAACACAAGUCCGGUCUUGAAGAAGAGGAUUCUGACAUGGCAGAGUUUCACAGGGUUUCUUAUCCUCCUGAAUUCUCUCAUCAACCCAUUUCUGUUUGUGUGGAGGUACACGGAAUGCAGAUAUACGUUUUUGAUGAUCAUUUGCCAUUGCAGCAAGCACCGACGAGAAAAGUACUCAACCCUAAAGAAACAGCACUUUGUGUCUUUUCUUCAACCGUCCAGUUUGAAUUACCCAGUGUCAUCGGAUAAAGAAUGA